AUGUCGAACGUCGAGAAAUUGUCGAAGGCCGACGGUCGCUUGGACCAAGACGACAGCUCGUACAAGGACCUCGAUGUGGCACAGCAUCCUUCGACUUUGUUGAACAACGAAUCGCCGAACAAUAUCCAAGUGGUUCACGAGAACGUCGCCGAUGAUACUUCUGCUUUUUACAACAAGUACAAGGAUACCGUUGGAGAGCUUACUCCCGAAGAGGAGAAGCGACUCACCAAGAAGAAUUUCUGGCGCCUUAUGGUUCAGACUUGGUGGAUCGCUUUCCUCAUCCAUUUGGACAAAUCCACCCUGUCUUCUGCCAGUACCAUGGGUAUCUUCGAUGAUAUCGACAUGACAAAGAAUCAAUACAACGAUUUAUUCGUAGUCUUCUAUGCCGGUUAUCUGAUUGCUCUUUGGCCAGGAUCGUAUUUGUCUCAACGAAUUGGUCACAAAUACUUUAUCACCGGAUCUUUGGCCUUGUGGGCUCUCAUUUUGGGGGUACACCCUGCGGCAAAAACUGGUCAACAGCUUAUGGCUUUGCGUUUCUUACUUGGUAUGACCGAAUCACAAAUUGUUCCGUCCACAGCGAUAUUGCACCAAGCUUUCUUCGACUACAAACGAAGCCCUUGGAUUCAGAUGCUGUGGUGGGCAUCAGGAUCAUUAGCCAAUGUGUUAUUGACCAUGAUCGCAUACAAGCUUAUCCUCGAUGACAACGCCGGAACGUUACCUGGCGGCCUGUCUUCUUGGAAGUGGCUCCAUUUUGUCUGUGUAAUCCUCACCUUUUUAGUCUUUCUUCCCCUUCUGUACUGGCUUCCCAACUCACCUGUUGACGCCAAAUGGCUCACCAUCGAGGAAAAGGUUCACACCAUUGCUAUGAUCAGAAAGACGCAUUCUGGAGUGAGAAAUUCUUCUUUCAGUUGGAAUCAAGUGAAAGAAUGCUUUACGGAUAUCAAAACCUGGCUGUUUAUAUUUCAUAUGUUCUUCAACGAGCUCCCCAAUAACACUUCCCAACAGAUCCCCCUUCUCAUCGUUGGUUUUGGGUUCACCCCUGCCGAAAGUGCCCUGUUCAAUAUCGCAAAACCGAUUUGGGGCUCCCUGUUGGUGAUUGGCACAGCGGGACUGUUAUUCUGGACCAAUCUGGGCAUGGGAUAUUCCUGUGCCAUCUCUUAUAUCCCUUGCAUCAUCGGCGGUAUCAUCGAGCUUGCUGCACCACGGGACAACAAGAUCGCGCUAGUCGUAGGAACCCAAAUCUCCACCUUCAAGCCUUCUUAUCUCUUGGCCCUUUCGUGGGCAGGGCUUGCCACUACGGGAUAUACCAAAAAAAUGAUCACCAUGUCCACUUGUGUCGUAGCGGCUGCGGUGGCUAAUAUGAUCGCUCCUGAAUUUUGGAAGGCGAAGUACAGGCCAUAUUAUACCUUGCCAUGGUCUUUCAUGACGGCCUUCUGGAUAAUAUCACCGACCAUGUGCGUUAUCAUACGACUUUACCUCCAAAGGGAGAAUAAACGUCGACAAGCGAUUCUUGAAGAGAAAGGGGACUUCGAGGAGGAUGCAGCGAAGAUUAAUAUGGAGACUCUCAAUGGAGUCGUACAAAUCAACGACUGGGAUCUUGAUCUAACAGAUCGACAGAACAAAAAGUUCAUAUAUCCUCUUUAA